AUGCUGAAGCCAUUGUGUGAGCUGGGAUUCAGCUACAAGGACUGUGAGAAGGCCCUGUCAGAGUGUGAAGGCAAUCAGGAGGCUGCAGCUCUGUGGCUGGCAAACAACGCUACCCCCGUCCCUCAGAGCCACAAGCAGAACUUUGCCAUCACAUCGGCUGAGCUGAAGGCAGUGUCUGUGUGUCUCUGCCUGAUUGAUGACUGUGGCGAUGCUGACGUCCCCCUGGCCGAGAUCUCCUUCAGUGGUAUCCAGUUCAAUCAGACGAUGGAGCCCAACAUCGAAGGUAAAGCUAUCUUCCAGAUGACGGGAGAGUACUACAACCGCAGCCUAUCUGGCUGGGAGCCCUUCCUGGAGACAUGGAGGUGCUUUGCUGAGUGGAAACAGUUUAAGGAACCAGAAGAAAAGAUGUCAUUUCAGAUUUCAACCAAUGAGGUGUUGAAUGUGAACCUGACCAGCACUCUUCUGGAACAGUACCACCUGACUAAGGGCAGCUGGACAGAGGACUACCUGAAGGACAACAGAGACAGCUUGAAAUCCCAAGUCAAGUAUUCUGUCAGUCCCAGUUCACUACCGUCCUCCAAACUACUCCGUCGUCGCCUCCCGUUCAUCCCCUACACCAUCCGCAACGACACCGGCUGUGACCUGUGGUACAUCACCGCCAUCUCCUCUCCAUCAAAUGAACCGAAAGAAGGUAUGAAUGACACGGGUAACGUCCAGUCAUAUGACAACGCCUACACUCAGGCCUCCGAUUGGAAGCGGGUUACAACUGGAGAGUCCAAACCAUUCAACUUCCACCGCAGAGAAAAACUCAGACACAAGAAAACCCACGGAAUGCACAUCAACCAGCUGUUGGUAACGGUGGCUGGCUGGCAACGCCUCUCCCCCAUCACUGUGGACAAGGUGGGUGUGUACUUCCGGUACACAGAGCCUGACAAGAAGACUCCUACAGCCAACACACUUCACCCAGCAUGUAUUGUGAUCGAAGUGAAACAGGACGGCAGUGCCAGGAAGCUGAUCGUGGUGCGGUCCUCCCUGGUUGUGGUCAAUCAGCUGGACUGUCCACUGCAGGUCAGGAUGACCAGCACAGACGAGACAGGCUCCUCCACCAUGACCCUGCAGCGGAAUGUCCCCACCCCCGUGCCUUUGCCGAAGGUGUACUACACACUGAAGGCUCGCCCGGCUGAGUGGCCGGUAGAUUACUGUGAAUGUCCUCUACACUGGCGACAGGUAAACAGGGCCGGGGAGGCCAGUGACGGCAUCCGAGAGUGUAAGAGCAACGAUGGAGGAGGGGAAAUGUACAGGUUCUGUGUGUCAGUGCGGAGAGAGCUGUACCCUGAAGUGGUCACCCUGGAGGAUGGUAGCACCUCCACCCCCUGCCUGCCCGGCCACACCAUCACUCUGGUGCCCCCUCUCACCAUCACCAACCUGCUGCCCCUCGAGAUGCACUACUACCUGAAGAAGACCGACAUCUCUGGCAACCUCAAGCCGGGCAAGUCAGCAGCACUGCAUGGGGCUGACCUGCGCCAUGACCUACUGCUGGGUGUCAAUGUGGAGAACCUCCCCCAGUGCAAGGAACUGACCAUCCCCCAAAGCACCACCAAGUACAGACUGAAGCUGCGUGUCUAUGAUGACAAGAAGCGACUGCUGGAGCUCAUCCUCAGGAUCAAGUCAGCCAGAGGAGGAUCUCUGCAGCUGAGUCUGCAGGCCCCGUACUGGCUGGUGAACAAGUCCGGUCUGCCGCUGAUAUUCCGACAGGACAGCGCUCGGGCUGAGGCGGCGGGACAGCUGGAGGAGUAUGAGUUGGCCCGAGUGUCACACCCACUGCUGUUCAGCUUCUCAGACAAAGAGGCACCCAAUCUGUGCACCAUGAGAGUUGGCAAAUCUGUCCAUGGCGAGAAUGCUUUCCCACAGUGGUGUAAGCGUUUCUCCCUGGAGCGAGGGAUCGGCAUGAGGCAGCUUCACAUAGUACCUCGACAGAACAACAGACCAGACUGGGUGUACAACAUCGGUAUAGAAGUGAGCCCAGGCCGGGGGAACUACAGGGACACCAACAUUGUAACAUUUGCUCCUAGAUAUGUCAUUGACAACCAGUCACAGAGAACACUGUCCAUCGCCCAGAAACACUACACAGAGAAACAGUUGAGCUCAGAGGAGUACUUGACCGCACUGCCAAACUGCAAGCUGCCCUUCCACUGGCCACGCCAGGAUUUGGACCAGCUGUUGUGUGUCCUGAUGCUGGAUGCAGUGGGCUGCAACUGGUCAGGGGGCUUCAGGAUCGACAAGGUCAACUCAUUCCACAUCAACAUGAGAGAUGGCCAAGGAGAUUGCCUGCUGCUGAAGGUGGAGGUUGUACUCCAGGGACCGACAUUCUUCAUCAUGUUUGCUGAUGCUGACAUCCAGCCGCCACCAUUCCGAAUAGACAACCUGUCAGAGGUCCCAGUGUAUUUCAACCAAGCGAAAACAAGCCAAGCCAAGUUCCGCACGCUCCUGAAGCCACAUUCCAGCAUGUCCUAUGCAUGGGAUGAGCCGACACUGGAGCCGUUCCUGACACUGCAGAUCCAGGGUGGCCAGUCUGCUGACUACAACAUGAACAAGCUGGAGGAGGAACAUCAACUGUGCUACGAGAACUUCCUCUAUCUGGCAGUCACAAACACCUUUGACAUGAACUGGAAGGGUCCAGAAUCACACCUGGUCAUAGACUGUGUGCAUAACAACAAUCUGGUCUUCAAGAGACAGGAGAAAGGGAAGAGAGAUCAGCUUUGGCGCAUGACAAGUUCAGGGAUGCUUGAACAUGAGGGGUCAAUGCCACCACGUGACCCCCAGAAGAAGUCGACGACGACACCCUACCCCGGCCUGGUGUUGGACAUCAGGGACAUCGCCCCCCAGCCAGGAAGGUGUGUACCGCUGGUGUUGAAGAAGCCAGAUGAGAGGAGGAAGUCGACACAGACGUGGAGGUUUACAGAGGAUGGUCGACUCUGCUGCAGUGCUGGGACUCUCUGUGUCCAGUCAAUAGACGGUGUCCGGGGACUGCAAGAUGGUGCGAUUGCUGUGCUGGGUCCCUGGCAGUCACAGGGGGAGAGUGAGGCUCCGAUCCCGACCCCAUCCCACAUGCAGAUAUCUCGCAGCAAGCUUCGCCCUGGCUCAGGAGUGCUGGUCAUCAGAGUGAAGAUGGAGGGGCCUAUCCGUGUGCUGCAGAUCUCCGACAGACAGCAGGCGAGUCUAAGCAGGAGGACGGUUGGGGAGUGGGAGGUCUAUGACCAUGUACAGAAAGACAAAAAGAGUCCGGGAUCACCCAAGGCAGAACUUGUUCCCAACCAGAACAUGGAGGUCAUUUUCAACCUUAAAGGAGGACUUGGGGUAUCUCUUGUCAACUCUGUACCCGAGGAACUUGUCUAUAUAUCCCUCUCAAACAUCACUGUGGAGCUGACCUCUAAAGUUGACCUCAUGACCUUGGACCUCAGUGUGGGAGAAGUUCAGAUUGACAAUCAGUUUCUGGGUGCUCAGCGUCCUGUGAUGAUGUAUGUGACGCCGAUGUCUCGUAAGGACGUCCCUGAUAACACACCAGCUCUCCACAUCACAGCUCACAAAGUCCCGAGCACCAAGUGGAAUGCCGACAUCUUCAAGCACCUAUAUGUAUCGAACAAGAAGAUGACAGUUCACUUGGAGGAGAUGUUGCUAUGGAAACUAAUAGAGUUUUUUGGCUACCACAAAGCUGAUGCCAACAUACAGACACUGGAGGACAGUUUUGACACACACAGAGUGCUAUCUGCUGCCAAUUCUAUCCAGGCAAAGCGGUACUACUUUGGUGCCUUGAAGCUGAGCGUCAGCCGCAUCACCCUCAGCAUGGUGACCACCAGCAAACUUCCUCCCAACCUCAAGGCCAUCAAACAUGCACAGUCUACUACACUUGUAGCAUUUGAGGAUGCCAAAGUUGAUUUGUAUCCAUAUGUGAGGAAUCAUCCUUUUGAGACGAGUUCCUUCCUCAUCAGCGAGAUCAUGAACCACUACACAGAGGAGUUGAAGAGCCAAGCUGCCAAGAUCCUUGGAUCUGUUGACUUCCUAGGCAACCCCUUGGGGCUGUUCAAUGAUGUGACAGAGGGCAUCUCUGGGCUCAUCAAAGAUGGCAAUGUUGGGGGCCUCCUCAAGAAUGUGGCUCAUGGUGUGUCAAACUCGGCUGCAAAGGUGGCGGGGUCUCUGUCGGACGGCCUGACCACAGCUUCAAUGGAUGAGAACCACAAGGAGACUCGGAACCUCAUCCGCCAACAGACCAGCUCUUCAGGGGACCACCUGAUUGCUGGCAUGAAGGGUCUCGGCUAUGGAAUCUUUGGUGGGAUCACCAGCGUCUUCACUCAGCCAAUAACUGGCGCCAAAGCUGAGGGCGUUGAGGGUUUCUUCAAGGGUGUCGGGAAGGGUGUGAUCGGCACAGUCACCAAGCCAGUUGCCGGGGUCUUGGACCUGACUUCUGGUGUUGCCAAUGCUGUCCGCGACACUAGUCGGAGCUCGUCCCGGCAACUGCCUCCCAGGGUACGCCCCCCCCGCAGCUGCCAGGGUCCUGGGGGACUUCUCCCUCCAUUCUCCAGCCAACAGGCAGAGGCCCUGCGGCUCCUCUACUUGCUCAAUGAUAAUGACUUCUCAGAAUUUCCUAUAGCCCUGGAGCAGAUGCGGGGGGACGGCACCCAAGGACUCCCUCCAUGUCCUCAUCACCUCUAGACAGGUGUACUUCCUGCGCAAACCAUCCGGGCAGGAGGAGGAUGUUGUCCUUGACAUCCUACACAAGGACCUCAUUCGCUGUAAUGUGCAGGAAGAUCCUGUGGGACGGCCAAUUGACGCCACCACAGGUAAACCUGUCCCCAAACGCUACUACAUCGAGCUGAGCAUGAAGGCAGACAAUGGAGGAUCUGCCUCAUCGGACAAUAUCAAGCGGCCGCAGGUGCGGUGUGAGCGUCACAGCGUGGCACUGAAGGUGACCAAUGAGAUCAAUUAUGCAAAAGGUUUGUACGAUGAGGUUGUCCACACGCUGCAGCCAUUCCCAUCAACAGAUGACCUGGACAUGUGAUCUCACACAAACAAUGAUUGAUGCACUACCGGGACACGCAUAUCCAAUCAGAGUAUUUUCAAGUUCAUCACAAGUUGAUGCUGAUGCAUGAGAACCACAAGAUGCGCAAUGAUGUGAUUUGAGACUGUGGUGUUCUGUGAUGCUGGGUUAUUGAGAACAGAGUUACUGAUAUCAGAACAAACAAACAUGCUGCUGAUGUGGGAAACGUCUCUAUCCUCAUGUUUCUGAACACCCGUAGGUAGUGGGAUCUUCAUACACAGGAGUGUGAAACUUGACGACAUCUGAAUCUAGUCAAUGUAUGACAAUCAGAAAGUGCAUGACCCUAUACUUCUAUAAUAUCACAUCCUCUUAAACAUGAUGAACAAAACAGAGACAGAAUGAAGACAUCUGAAAACAAGGAUGUGUGAUGAACUCACACAGAGACAUCAUGAUAACAUCGGAGCGUAACAACCUGUGUCAGACUCACCCAGUGACAUCCAAACACAAGAACCUGUUGCCAAACACCAGAUGACAUCCAAAGUGGGGAAACAUUGUUCUAAACACAGGUCCUUCUGAGUUCUGGCCUGGUCAUGAUUGUUUCUGUCACGGUCGUUAUUUGAAUUUACUUGUAGUCACUACACCAUGACACAGUACGUCACUGCUCAGCAGAACUAAUGAAAACAAACACCAAAAUAACAGAACAGGUUGUUUCUGCUGUCUAGUUUCAUACCUAUUUUCUCUUAUUCUAUGUGACUAUAUAAGUAAACAGGAUCUAGUGAAAAUGGCUAUGAACAGAGCUUGCCAAGCAAGUGGUUGAGCUACUACUUGUUCACUAACUACUCGACAGCAUUUAGUGAUAUGAUCUUCCAGUGUAGCUAUUGUACAGGACAUGUUGGGUCUGUGUCAGCUAAAUCACAGCUGUAUGCAAUAUGUCAGUGUGCCCCAAUAACCAGUUUGAAUAGUCGUAAACAAUUACCUAGCAUAAUAUUCCUGCCCUAGUCCAAUAGUACCAAUAGUCAAUAGCUUGUAGUGGUGAAGUGUUAUUGUUGCCAAGGGAGGUAACUCUUGCAGGCAGCUUUAUGGUAACUGCCAUCCCCAGAGGAAUGUCAUGCUAGGCAGUGUUAGGCUGUGAUGAAAUCUAAAGUCGCACUGUAGUUUUCUAUAAUAAUGGUAAAAAUAAUAAUAAUACUUAUGCAUUGGAACCUAGUUUACCCAAAGUUGUUGUUGUGAAUGUUGUUAAACUUUGUGGUACAGAUGAAAUCCACAUGGGCAUAAUUGCCAGCUUGUGGCUCUACACUGACUGUUGUGUAUAGAGGUCCAUUAGUGUCCUAGUUCAAGUGUGAAGCAGUGCAGGUGAGAAGCUACUUCCAAGAUACACAUCACAUUUCAAACAAGGAAGUGUAUUAAUUCUCAGCAGACAGCCAUUCAUGUUGUGUUAUAACUGU